AUGGCAGCACCUCUGGGUGACGAUGAACUCCGGAGGGAACUUCAGACCUUGGGCUUUGAUCCUGGUCCUAUCACUUCAACUACGAGGUCUGUGUAUGUAAAGAAACUCGCAAAGCUCCAAAAGGGGAAAAAGUUGCCUAAUGCAGGUAUUUUAACUACAGAAGAUUCGGAAGUUCCAAGACGCUUAUCUGCCAAGCCACGCAAAUCAAUUGGAGCAGUAAUUUCAAGCCAUGCAGUGACAGAAGAUACUAAUGUAAACAAUCGAAAGCACACAACUGAACUGUCAAAUCAUGAUGCAGCGUCCGAGAACACAUACAUUCCUCGUAAACAAUAUUCCAUAACCAAACCACUUCUUACUGGACACAAUGAGGUUUUAUCGGAACCUUACACUGACAUACUUCCAAGUUCACUUCCAGUGGAGGCAUCCCCAGCGAAACCUGUGAAUACGUUUCAUAAUGAUUUAGAUACAUUCACUUCAGUUUCAUCACGUAACCAAUUUCCUGCACGAAAGUUUCCACGUGACUUAACUCAAAGUUCGGGUGAUUAUACGCCCGCCUAUAAAAGGUAUAUUUAUUUUAAAGAGGAUUCCGUAGACGACGAUACAGACGAGGAAUUAUCCAAACCAAGUACAGUUUCAUCCACUCUGUCCAGAGUUGCUGGUUGGCUCAAUCGAAGUGCUCAUGAAUUUACAAAACCGAGGUCUCCAAGGAAUGGGUCUGUUUAUGAAAAGUCCAAGCUUAGUGUUCGUCAUUCCUUACAGAGCAAUGAUCGUUUACAAAUAUCAGAUACAGAUAGUUCUGAUGUAGAAAAUUCCACUCGAAGCCCUCUCUUCAGGAGGCUAUGCCCUUCUCCAUUCAGGAACAUGAAAUCCCGAGAUGCUGGUAUCACAACGUCUCCUGGUCUUCUCUUUACUCCGCCAUCUAGGGAUCGUGAUAAACAGACAUAUCACGGUGUUUCUAUUUUGUCUGACGAUACUGAUUUAAAUGAUCUUGUUCGUAACAGAAAGCAGCAAACUCAGAAGAACAGCUUUCCAAAUUAUUUUUCAUUUGGAAAGUAUCUACCUUGCAGUGUUUCGAACAUCCCUAAUCUGAUUCUUAUUUCAAGCAUAAUCGUGUGUUUUGUGUUACUUGCAAGUUAUUUAGUCUUGAAGGAUCACCAUGGGGAAGUUGGUAAAAUGGCAGAUGUACAGAAAUUACUGUGCCGAUCAUCAGACGAUUACAAUAAUAGUCUUAGAAAAAAUCUACAACACUGUCUCCAUGAAGAUGAUCUCACUGCAUCCUUGUCGGUUCUUGGAAUUUUGUAUGAUAUUCUCAGUCGUUACGCUGGUGAGUUCCAUUGUAACGUUGGAGUAUUAACUAGUCCUCGUUUGGAUGUAUCUUCUGCUCAAAGUUUAGUGGAGCAUAAUUUGCAAAUGAAAGGCUGGCCAACAUUUCCGAAAACUGAUUUUCGUCGAGUUUGGGAUAAUACACUUUAUGUUCUGCUUCAUGUUGGGAAAACACAUUUUAGUCUUGUUGCUCUUGAUGUUACCAAAUCUGAACUCGGACCACUUAAUCGAGUAAUGCAAAUCACUGAGCUCGAAAGUCUUAGACCAUAUUUUCCUGGUGUUUGUCGCCUCCGACGGUGUUUCCACUGGUUUACUAGUGCAUGUGUAACUUUGCUCUGGGUCGUCUUAGUUUUCUUGAUGAUUUUGGGGAUUUGCUAUGGAGUUUACCUGCUUCGCUGUAAAAGAUUACGCGCCUUGGAACGUCGAAAUUGUCGAGUGAGGGAGCUAGUUGCGGAAGUUGUGUACAUGUUACAAGACCAGUUAAGAGAAAAUGAAAGCAAUGCUAACCAGCCUCCAUAUGUCCCUGUCUAUAUGAUUCGUGAACGCUUACGGCAAAAACACCACGACUUAGAUCGGUUUUGGCAUGAAGUUAUGCGUUAUGUUUAUGAAGUAGAAACUUGUAUCGGUGUACAAGAAUGGAGAGGUGUGGGUGAGACAUGGCAAUGGCAAAGUGGCACAGGUUGGCAAGGUUCAGCACUUAUGGAUAAGUCACAGAAGCCAAGUUUUAUAGUUCCACCAACGGAGUGUUUGAAAAUAAGAAACAUGUUUUCUACUGAAAGUAUCGAUGAACGUGGACGUAAAAGGAUAAAACGUGAACUCCUGAGAAAAUUACUUCCCUGUGGGCCUAUUUUACAUAUCGGCUUAGAUAGCGUUGGAACAAAUGGAUUAGUUUAUAUAAAGUGUGGAGAUCCAGAAACUGCAGGUCGCGUUUUCCAUUCUAUACACGCUAAUUAUUUUGAUGGUCGACUGUUGACUGUGAAAUUCCUACGAGAUACCAAGUAUUGUUUACGCUUCCCCGAGGCUCAUAGUGUUAAACAACCACUUCAAAUGGGAGAUUUUGAAUAA